GUGUGACCGGACCUCACCAGCUCGCAAGUUCCUCUGUAUCUGAUAGUCAGGUAAGCCAUGCCAUCAUCUAGUUCAGAGUCAGUUGGGACUGGUCCUGUCUGCCCACAUGCUGCCAAAGUCCUCACAAAUGCUGCAAAUGGAGAACCUGGCAUCAGCGGGGAUGCAAAGCUGAAAACCGAUGCCGUUUUGAACGGAAAGACUGGAUACAAGUUAAGUGCAAAUAGCACAGACCUUGUGAAUGAAACAAACGGUCACCAUGUGAAUGUAGAGCAGAUUGAGAAUGGAUCAGAAGUCACCAUGGAGAGGAAAUGGAUUCGACCAGAUUUGCCCAGCAGAUGCACCUGGAAAAUUGGUGACCCAAAUACAGAGUCACCCCACAAGCACUUCCAACGAGCAAAAGCACCCAGUAUCCUCCCCAACAUUUUAAGCAGGAUCGGAGAGACCCCACUGGUCCGCAUGAACAAGAUUCCUAAAGCUUUUGGCCUCAAGUGUGAGCUUCGUAAAAUAGACAUGCUGGUGGCCGGAGCUGGCACUGGUGGCACCAUCACCGGCCCAUUUGAACUUCCAGGGGGGCCUGUAACAAGUGUUUGUGUCAUUGUUCAUCAGAUAGUUGGAGUGGAUCCUGUGGGCUCUAUCCUUUCUGAGCCAGAGGAUCUGAAUAAGACUGAUAAGACUCAAUAUGAGGUUGAGGGCAUCGGAUAUGACUUCAUCCCCACUGUUAUGGACAGAUCUGUGGUGGAUAGUUGGUACAAGUCCAGUGAUGAAGAGUCCUUUGCCAUGUCUCGUAUGCUCAUCAGAGAGGAGGGUUUUCUGUGCGGUGGUAGUUCAGGCACAGCCAUGGCUGCAGCAGUGCAUGUAGCCAAAGAGCUGAAGGAAGGCCAGCGCUGUGUGGUGAUCCUCCCCGACUCCAUCCGCAACUACAUGUCUAAAUUUCUUAGCGACAAGUGGAUGUGUGAAAAGGGCUUCCUGAGUGAGGAGGAUCUUGUUGUCAGCAAGCCAUGGUGGUGGAAUCUGACUCUACAGGAGCUCCGACUCUCUGCCCCACUGACUGUGCUGCCUUUAGUGUCUAUCAUGAAGACUAUUCAGAUCCUGAAAGAGAAGGCUUUUGACCAAGCCCCUGUGGUGGACGAGGCCGGGCAGAUUCUGGGCAUGGUCACAUUGGGGAACAUGCUCUCGUCCGUUCUGGCUGGGAGAGUCAGGCCAUCUGAUCCCAUAAGCAAAGUUCUUGUCACAGUGUACGUGCAACAGAAGGACCGAGAAAAAGUGCGCGUAACUGAUAACCUGGGCAAACUCUCACGUAUCCUUGAGACGGACCAUUUCGCCCUUGUUGUGCAUGAGCAGAUUCAGUUGGAUGGUGUCCACAGUCUGAAUUGCAGUUCCUGUCUUACAAACAUGAGCGAUGGAUCCCCCAAGAUGAGGCAGAUGGUGUUUGGGGUGGUGACAGCCAUUGACCUGCUGAACUACGUGGCCACUCGUGAGAGGAGGGAACGCUCGCUUUCCGAGUGCUCGCUCUCAGAAGAGCAGUGA